CCAAAUAUUGAAAUUCAAACCAUUUUAUUUGAAAUAUUUUUGGUCUUUCGCCUCAAAAUAUAAACAUAACCGUGGGAAUAUCUUAUCUCGAAGCGCUGUCGGGAACUAGUGGACAACUACUGCUAAAAUAUGGCUUAAUUCGUGAGUGCUAUAUGAUGGGUUAGUUUGGUUAAAUAUUUUUGAAAGAUUGAGCACGUUUGAAAAGUGUUGCUUUGAAAUUCGUGAUUAAUCAUGGGAGUUUGAAUGAUUUAAAAAGACAUAGCGUGUGGUACUCGCAAGUAUGAGAGUUGAGUACAUUAUUUUGUGUGGUUUGGUAAACUUUUUAAACAUACACACUAGAGUAAAUGCCGGAAUUUAUUACGAAGAAAACUGGCCAAGAGCAGAUGAAUGGGCAGAACAACGUGGGGGCGGAAAGAGAGAUGUAAUGGAAAAUUAUUUAGAUAGUCCAGUGGAGAAUACAAAUACAGCGCUGGAUUCAAUGUCUUCUGAAGAUAGUCCAGUGGUGAAUACAAAUACAGUAUUGGAUUCAAUGUCUGACGACCUUCAAACAGAUGAUAAUUUAGCAAACCAAGCAGAAAAGAUCGGGACAAAACUAUUCAAUGUCGUAGACGAUAAAGACAGCAAAGCAAGCUCUGGUUUGUGGCCAGAUAUGAAGGUUUACUACGCAUUCAGUCCAAAUGUUGAUAGGGAAGGUCGUCAGGAAGUGAAAUCUGUUUUACGAGAAUGGGAGGGAAACUCGUGCUUGAAAUUCUUCGCUCGAGGUUUACAACCACGAUAUAUCGAGUUUUCAUAUCAUGGAAAAUGUUUUGUGGGAGAGGGAAAGUCUGACUCAAAACAAAUUAUUUCCAUCGGAAGUAAAGGAAAGCUUUGUUCACGAGGAGCGCUUUUGAAAGGCAUUGGACAAGCAAUUGGUGUGAAGAACCUUCCUGAUGUGUACAAAAGAUAUUUUGGACCACAAGAAACCAACGUUUUAGGAGCGGAAAUAAUUGGAAGAGCGAGAACCUUGUACAAUUGCGACGAAAUGCCCGUUGGUCAACAAGACGAGGGAGACACCCCAGCUGACCUCUUCUAUCAGACCUGUUUCAACGACAUCAACGAAAAGCGAGCCAAAGCUGGUGUAGAUCCGCUCAAAUGGAGAAACGAUCUCGCAGACCAAGCACAAAGAUGGGCUCAACAUCUCGCCGAUACGAACAAGUUGGAUAAAGACCCAAUGGCGAAGAAAUUCAAUGAAGGAGAGACGCUAAGUUGGUCGAAACCAGGUUUAGAUAAAUGCGAGGAAGAGGAAGACGACAUGUGUUAUUCUUGCCGUCAGGCCAUCAAUACUUGGUACAAAGAUGAAGAUUUGGACAGUCCUGACGAGUCAGAGAGAACAAACGAUGCAUAUUCUCAGAUGACCUCCAGUUUGGCAAAAGAAGUUGGAUUCGGUAGCGCCGUUAGCAACAAGUAUGGACGGAUUGUGGUCGCGAGAUACAGACCGCAAGACGAAGCUGGAGUGUCCGCGCCGGACGAUGGGAUGAAACAAGAGGAAACUUCGAAUGAAAAAGCAGAUCCUUCAAUGGAACAAUCAAACGAGGAAGUUUCUGACGAGCCAGAUUUCUUCGGACAAGAUUGUUUGCAUCAACACAACGUUAAACGUGUGAAGCAUGGAUCACCGCCGCUGAAAUGGAGCCCAAAAUUGGAGAAACACGCGAAGGAGUGGGCGAAAAAACUUGCUGCAAUCGAUACAGUUGAACCGGAUCCUGAUGCAAAGAUAAAGUUCAACGAAGGAGAGAAUCUUGGUUGGAUUGCUCCUGCGAAACCAAGGUGUUUGUUUGAAGGACAACAAGACUGCUACACAUGUGAAAAUAUCGUCGAUCAUUGGUACGAGGAAAUCAAGAAUUAUGAUUUCGAAAAAGGGAUGUCUUUCAAUGAAAAACCCGUCCAUCAUUUUGUACAGAUGAUAUGGAAGAAGAGCAACGAGCUAGGCGUCGCCACGGCAGAAAGUCCCACACGUGGCAUGAUUCUCGUAGCGAGGUACAAUCCUCGAGGUAAUGUUGAAUCGCUCAGCGAUGACACAGAUGCUGACGAGUACAAGGAGAAUGUUAAAGCAGCAGAUACGCCACUGAUCAGUUCAGGAAUUGUUGGUGGCCAGAAAAUUGCUUCAAAUUCAGUUGGUCUUAAACCACCUAGUGCGUCUACUGGUAGUCUUCUAACGCCCAAACUUGCUAGUACAUCUGGCACACCGCCCACGAGUGGGGCUGCCCCUGCUACCACUGGUGUCCCCGCCACUGCUAGUGUUCCUGCCCCUAAACCUACUGCAGUCACAUCUAGUACACCAACCACUAGUGGGGCUGCUUUCCUGCCCCUAAACCUACUGCAGUCACAUCUAGUACACCAACCACCAGUGGGGCUGCCUCUACUACCACUGGUGUUCCUGCCCCUAAACCUGCUGCAGUCACAUCUAGUACACCAACCACCAGUGGGGCUGCCUCUACUACCACUGGUGUCCCUGCUACCACUGGUGUUCCUGCCCCUAAACCUGCUGCAGUCACAUCUAGUAAACCAACCACCAGUGCGGCUGCCCCUGCUACUACUGGUGGGGCUGCCCCUGCUACUACUAGUGGGGCUGCCUCUAAGCCUGCUGCAGCCACAUCCAGUAAACCAACCACCAGUGGGUCUCCAUCCCCUGUGA